AUGCCACCAGGGCCCCUCACAGUUGUUUUUCCUCAUUUUGUUUUUGUCGCAGUUGAAUUUCCAGCAGUCCUGUUAAACACUUCAACGGGUGAGAUUGAAUCUGAGUUCCACACCUAUGUCCAGCCCCAGGAGCAUCCUGUUAUCUCUGAAUUUUGUACAGAACUAACUGGCAUAACACAGAAUCAAGUUGAUGAAGGAGUCCCUCUAAACAUUUGUUUAUCACAGUUUUUGAAAUGGAUUCAAAAGAUACAAAAGGAGAAGAAAAUUAUAUUCAGUACAGAUAUUCUAAGUAAUUCUACUUCAGAAGCAAAAGCAUGUACCUUUGUUACUUGGACAGACUGGGACCUGGGUGUGUGUUUGCAGUAUGAGUGUAAAAGGAAGCAGCUGCGAAAACCUGAUAUUUUAAAUUCCUGGAUCGAUCUCAAGGCAACAUACAGGGCCUUCUAUAAUAGGAAGCCUAAAGGGCUAAAUGGUGCUUUGCAGGAUUUGGGGAUAGCUUUUGCAGGACGGGAACAUUCUGGGUUGGAUGAUUCUCGGAAUACUGCCCGUCUUGCUUGGAGGCUGAUUUGUGAUGGUUGUGUGCUGAAGGUUACUAAAUCUUUGGAUAAGGCACAUCAGAAGAAUAAUUUAAUUUCUAGAACACUGACUAUAAACUUCACUGACAAGACUCCACUGGGAAGUAACAGCAGACCUGAAACUUCUAGAAAUGGAACUUGUGAAACAAACUCUCUGGCUGAGAGAAACCAGAAUGGUGUUGCUGGAAUUAAAAAUUUGAAUGUACAAACUGAAGAACAACAGAGCACUUCCACUGAUUCCUCUGCAGAUGUCCACAUUGUACCUAGCAGCAGCUCAAGGUCUGGGUUACGUGCUCAAGCACAAAGCUCUUCAGCAGCAUCUACUGACAGGUUUCCUGUUCCUCUUGAGCAGUCACAGCAGUCCCUCAGUACUGUAGCAACAGGCAUUUGGCAAGGAUUGGGCAGUGAGCAGCCUCUGAGUAAAGCCAGAUCUGGUCCUCCAGCACACAGACCGGGACUAGUGCUGGUCUCCACCACCAUCACCUCAGUUAAUGUGUCCAAUGAGGAGAUCAGUACUAGUUCUGACUGCUUAUCUCUGCUGACUGACUGGGAAGAUGUCGCUUUAAUACCAGAAUCUCAACAUGAACAAAAUUCAAACUGUGUUCAAUUCAAAGAUGACCCAAGUACAGAUAUUUUAACAGUGUUUGAAGAGAAAACAAUUUCAAAACAAUUGGCUGUGAUAAGUUCAGAUAAUCAAAGUUUGGAGAAAACUGUAGUACCUGUGGAACCUCUCAAAUCUACCAUUUACAAAAGUCCUGAUACUACUAUCUAUAAUGCAGGAACAGUACAAAGGCAGAUUUCAAAUUUUUCAGCUUUGAAGUUACCAUCUGCAAAGGUAAAUGCUAUUUCAGCACAAUCAGCAUUAACUGGAAAUUAUUCUACUCCUUUGGAGGCUCCUAAAAGAAAGCCAACUAGUCCAAAAACAUUCCCACCAGCAAAAAAACAGUCUUUCGCUAUAUACCAAGAGAAAUCUUCAUCUCUUGAUCACUCCUCGCCUUUAAGAAGUUCAGAUUUGCCCAGAGUGUCUCCUGCCGUUCUGAACUCCACAGUCAAUUUGAAUCAGUCAGCAAGAGCUGUGAAAAAUGGAAAACUAACUCCCCCUCUGUGUAACUGUGGUCGAAGAGCUAAAAAACUGUAUGUGUCGAAUGCUGGUCCAAAUCAUGGCAAAGCAUUUUUUUGUUGUCCUGUUGGCAAGCAUGAAGGUAAUAAGAAAGGCUGUGGAUACUUCAAGUGGGAAUAUGCGCUUCUAAAAGAGAAAUCUAAUUGUCUCACUCAGAAUGCAGAUGCUUUAACCUCUCUUGGAACUUACACUAGUAACUUAGGAAAUUCUUCCAACAAAAAAUACUUGUGUCUUAGACCCUCUAUGAGAACUUGAACGUUGGUAAGUGGUUUUUUGAAUCCGAAUCUUAAGCAUGAUCAACUAACUGAGUUUAAUAUAAUCAGGACAAUCACAUGAUGUCAGAUAUAUGUUCUGAAUAUGGGACAAAAAUGACAUUGGUUAACAUAGGUAAAAAUGGAAAUUUAUCAAGCAUACAAAAAUAUCAAUAUAUCAUAAAGUGUUGUUAAUGAAGUGUGAGAGAACAGCCAAAACUAGUAAGUACUAAAAUUAAAGUAUGAGUAAUUGUUGCUACACAUCUUAAAUUUCUGCUUUAUUAGGUAUAUUAAAUUAUUUACUAGUCCAGUCCUUAAAGACCAUU